ACUGUACUAAGUGCUUUAUCUGCAUUGUCACCGAGUGGUCCUAAUAACUCGUGAUGGAGACUAGUAUUCUCCCCAUUUUAUAAUUGCGGAAGCCUCAGUAACUUUUCCCGUAACACAGUAAAUGAUGGAGUCAGAAAUUGAAUUCCCCAAGUCUAGACUCUUAACCGUACCCCUGCACUGCCUCUCUGCCUGUCUGCUGUACCUGUGAGCCAAGUGUUUGACAUAUGUUCUUUCAACAUCUUUGUCUCAGCUCUGUACUCAUAGCCCUCUGAGGGGAUACAGCGAGGUAGAAGCCUCAGCCCCUACCUUCUAGGUUGUGUACACCUGAUCCAGUUGACUGAAAAUACAAAGCAAAGCGCUCCAGUGAGUGGUGCGGGCUGUUCAGAGGAGGGAGAGAUGUCAAUCAGCUGGAGUUGCUGAAUGCACAGGAAGGAUGCUGUUUUCAGCUGGGUGUGAUCUGGAAGAUCAUGGAAGGACAUUCCGAGGCAAGGACAGCCAAAGCAAAGACCGACAGCUGGGAUUCCACCUGCCCCUCAGCUCUUCAUCUGAUGGCUGGCAUCUCGGGGAUCUUUUUUUCCUAAAAUUGUUGGAAUUCCUGUGAUCAUCAUGAGAACUCUUCCCCUGGCCCCGUCACCGUCCUGUAUCCUGGACUUGUUCUAACUAAGGAACCUCGGUUUAGACACCUGAGUAUCAAGUUCUCUUCCUGAGGAAUUCUCCAGUCGGUAGAAUGUAGACUCCAUUUGGGGUAUCUCUUUUUGGCAUGAUGAUCUCCUGACAUAUCGCUGUGUCCAUAGGUGUAAUUUUUCCAUUUCUGGAAACAGACACUGCUACCUCUAUUCAGAACCAUCAAGCCUGUACCUCAAAGUGUCUCCUAGCCUUGGAGUGCUGAAGUUCAGUUGGACUCUCUGCUUCGUUCUGGAAAUUUGUGGGCUCCAACUCAGGCCAUGUCACAACAGACCAGACCUGCAGACCUCCCAGGAGGACAAAACCCAUCUUCCUCACCCACAAAGCUGGACUCCUCUUGUUGGAUAUGAGACCUUUCUUUUACCUCUUUUCUCAUUUCUUCUGUAUUCACAUGACUCCCAUUCAGUCACGUAUGUGGACACACCUUUGUUCCCGGUACCUCCACUGCCUCUUCCCCAGUUCUGCUGCAGCUGCUCCUGAGCCCAGGUCCCAAGACAGAACAGGCCUUUGACAGCAGCUGGUGUUGUUUCAGGAGGCAGCAACAUUUGAGGAUGUGAUCAAAGAUUGGAACUGUUAGGAAGCCUCUCAGAAGGACUGCAGCAGGGGCGCAAUGCUGGACAGUUAUAAGAACGUGGUGCCUCAGGCAUCCUUCUUACAGUUCUCCAUGGUGCCGCAGAGAGCUGGAAACGAUCCCCCUGGUGUUUCAAAUACAAGUGAAAUGGAACUGGAGAUAAGAAGCAUGAGAGAAAAGUUUCUCACCAGUGUAACUAAGUUAGUAGAAAGCAAAAGUUACAAUAGCAAGGUAUUUUCCAAAGAAAAGUACUUUCAAACAAUAAAGGAAGUCAAAGAAGCUAAGGAGAAGGGGAAGAAGUCAUCACGUGAUUAUCGCCGAGCAGCAAAAUACGACGUGAUCUCUGUACAAGGCACAGAGAAACUAAUAGAGGCAACUCACGGAGAACGAGAUCGAGUACGGUAUUAUGUACAUAAGGAGGAGCUGUUUGACAUUCUUCACGAUACACAUCUCAACAUCGGGCAUGGCGGGCGGACGCGCAUGCUCAAGGAGCUGCAGGGGAAAUACGGGAAUGUCACCAAAGAGGUCAUUGUCUUGUAUCUGACUCUGUGUAAACAGUGCCACCAGAAGAACCCAGUACCCAAGAGAGGCCCUCCACCUAAGCCCAUGCCACUGAAGGACACUGACUCCAGAUGCCAAGUGGAAAUACUUGACAUGCAGUCAAAUGCUGAUGGCGAGUUCAGGUUUAUUUUAUAUUAUCAGGACCACUUGACCAAGUUUAUUAUUUUACGGCCAUUAAAAGCCAAACAGGCCCACGAGGUGGUGAGUGUCCUAUUGGAUAUUUUCACAAUUCUUGGUACACCCAGUGUGUUAGAAUCUGACAGUGGCGUGGAGCUGACAAACCAGGUUGUUAACGAGCUCAAUGAGGUAUGGCCAGACCUAAAGAUCGUCUCUGGUAAGUACCACCCUGGCCAAGGCCAGGGCUCCCUGGAGCGAGCAAGCCAUGAUGUCAAGAGCAUGCUAAGUGCCUGGAUGCAGAGUCACCACUCAUGUCACUGGGCUGAAGGCCUGCGAUUCAUGCAGAUGGUGAGGAAUCAGGCCUUUGAUGUUUCUCUGCAGCAGAGUCCGUAUGAAGCAAUGUUUGGUUGCAAAGCCAAAUUUGGACUCUAUUCCUCUCACCUACCCCGGGAAACUGUGGCUAUUUUACAAACAGAAGAAGAACUAGAAAUUGCUGAAGAACAGCUAGAAAGCAGCCUUUGGAUCAGGCAGGAAGAAAGGGCUGAGGUUGGAGCAGACAGAUCUGAUAUGGAUGAGGACGUCAACCCCACUCCUCCCGAAGUUGCAGAGCCCAGCACCUCACAGGGGGCCCCAGGUCUAUUCUGCUGGUGAACAGACACCUGCUGGCUGGACAAUCACAGUGCCUCAGGGUACCACUAGCCAUCUGAGAACUGUUGCCAAGGUCCCAGGGGAAGGAACGAAGGCCGCACUCUCAGGAAGGCUGUCUGCGGUAGUCCUGGCUCAGAGGGGAAAAGUGGAUCAGGUCUCUGAUGUAGGGCUGCUGUAACAAGUUGCCAUAAACGUGGAGCCUUAAAACAACAGACAUUUAUUCUCUCGAUUUUCUGGAGGCCAGAGGUCCGAAAUCAAGUUGUCGGCAGGCUUCGUUUCUUCUGAAGGCUCUGAGGAAGAGUCCAUGCCAUGACCUUCUUCCUCUGGUGACUGCCGACAAGCCUUGGCAUUUCUUGGCUUAUAGUAGCAUAAAUCCAGACUCUGCCUCGUCUUCACGUGAGUCUUCGCAUGCCUUCUCUCCUCUGUGUGUGUGUGCUCCUUUUCUAUCUCUUACAGGACACCAUUGGACACCAAAUCUGUGUCAUUGGAUUGGGGGCCCAUUUUAACUGAAGAUGGUCUCAUCUCGAGAUCCUUACCUUGAUUACAUCUGCAAAGGCCCUUUUUCCAAGUCAGGUCACGUUGACGGGUGCUUGGGGUUUGGACUUGGACAUACCUUUGGGGGAUGCAGCUCUACCAGCUACAAUCAGUUAGAAGAGUGCGUUUGCCUGCAGAACAUGAACUGAUGGGCUCUUAAGCCUGUAGAGCUGAUGGGGCUCCCCUACGCACGUCUACUACAUAUUCCUUCCCCUGCCUCGUCCUGCUCAGACACAGAACCCAAAAGAUGGGGCAUCUGAGAAAAAGAUGUAGAUGCAGGGUAAAUAGUGAGAAGAAAAGAGGUUGAUGUAACAUGCCUCAGAGACUGGCUGCCCCACCAGCUGAGCUCUGUUUCCUGUUUCAAGAGAAACCUACUGUGCCACCCCCGCUCCUAGAGUGGCCCACACAGGGAUUAUUGCGUGACCUGCCUGAAACAUAUUUUAAAAGUGGGUCAGAAUUAUGGCACGGCUGGGAUUUGAAUCUGAGUCUGCCACUUUUCCAUGCCUCAAGUACAGAAAAGCAUGUUGUAUUCCCAGAACGCGUCAGUGCAUUCCAGGAAGUGACCAGAGCAGAGGAAUAAAUAACUAAGAACUCUGGAGCAAAAUGCAAAAGUUGGCCUGAUGUCACUGCCCCAACCAGAGAAGAACAGAGCAGGGCCAGUCUGGGUCGUGGUUCAGAGUAAGCGGAAGGAUAAUGCCCAGGAUCUGUGCACUGCUAGGUUCCCGAGGCCUGGAAGAGUGCCUAGCCCAUCAGAGGUGUUCAGUUAAGAAUUGGUUGAGUGAAUAAGUGAUUCUACAGAGAUGGAUGCAGGGGAAGAGAAAGGGCCUGCCGUCCUUUAUUCUCCUGUUCAUUCUUCCUGCAUAUCCCAGAGCGAGCUAAAAACCGUUCUGAUCGCCCCUGGUGCUGGUUUCCUCUUCUAAAAGGGGCAAGAGCAGUCCUGAUGCCACCUGCCUCACAGGGUUGUGAAAGGCGGUGAGAUAAUGCAGAUGAAAUUCUACGAUGUGAGUUGUCCUUGGUGCCAGCAGAUCUUGUCCUCCGCCGAGAGCUGGAGAUCUCUGUCCAUUGCCAUUACUUUGCUGAUUGAACAGUGUUAAGUUGGUUAUCCAUGGAGCCUGCAUCAUUAUUAGAAAGGCGAUGGUGUCACUUCCCAGCUUGUUUUGGGGCCCAGAAUCUUGCUCUGUCCUUGGCCAGCACCUCACUCUCCAUUCUUCCUUUGUCCCUCAGCCUCACAGGGCCUGGGAGGCCCAGCUUGACUGAUGUUACCAUCCCUCCCACCAAUGACCUAGUACCUCCUGGUUUGUGGGCAAACCGGGAACCACAUCAUCAGCUUGUGUGGGUGAGAGGUGAAAUGAGGCACUAUGCUGCUGUCUUUCCCAGGGGAUGGCUACAAAUAACUUGGGUUUCCGGAGCUGCUGCUUGAGUCUUCCUCUUUUGCUUUUUAAUGUUGGCAGUGGAGAGAGUUGAAGGUGGACACCUAGACCCAGUCCAGCCUUACUCUGCAUUACCGCAUUUCAGCACCUGCAGCAGAAGUCACCAACUAGUGCGCCACGUUUGCUUUCAGUUUGCAAAUGUAUUUUGUCCGCGUUAGUGUUUUUUAAAUUUAAAGUAUUAAUUGCCAUCACUUUCAAAACGGAAGAUUUCAUAUAAAAAUUUGGAUGUCUAGCACCUCUUGAAAACUUGGAAGAUCUGGCCCUACCUGGUCCACAUUUCUGCAUGGCAGCAAAUGGCCGGAGCUAAGUGGUGACACUCCACCCCAGCCCGCCCCCACCAUCCAUGCCUGAUUCUCCACUUGGCCACCAUCUGGGCCACCCAGAGUUUCUGCAUAUGGAUUUCUGUGCCACAUUGCUAAAGAAAGGCAAGUGAAAUCAGAAUGUGAAUAAAGGCCAGAAACAGAAUCAUGUAUCUAGGAAUUCAUGGUAAAAGUGGCAUUUCACAUCAGUGAGAAGGGUUAGAUUAUUCAAUUAAUGGUGCUGAUCAAUUAUACCUCAAUAAAAACAAACAAACAACAGUGCCAGAUCAUAUAGCUGUUCAUCUGGAAUUUAGGUUGUUUCCACAGCUUGGCUAUUGUGAAUGAUGCUGCAGUCAGUGAACAUGGAUGUGCAAAUAUAGAUCCUGAUUUCAGUUCUUUUGGGGGAAAAUAAUGCAGAAUUGGGAUUGCUGGAAUAUGUUUUUUUAAUUUCUAUUUCUAAUUUUUUGAGGAACCUUCAUGAUAUUUUAAUAGUUGCAUCAUUUUACAUUCCCAUUGACAGUGUACCAGAGUUCUGUUUUUCCACAUCCUUGCCAACACUUUGGAUUGGGUUUUUUUUGUAAUAUCCUUACUAACAAGUGUGAGGUGAGAUCUCAUUUUGUUUUUGACUUACAUUUCCCUGAUAACCAGUGAUGUUGACCAUCUUUUCAUGUACUUGCUGCCUUUUUGUGUGUCUUCUUUGGAAAAAUGUCUCUUCAAGUCCUUUGCCUGUUUUUUAAUUGGUCUUUUGGGUUUUUUGCUAUUGAGCUGAAGAAGUUCCUUAAAUAUUUUGUUUUUGUUGUUGUUUUCCACCAUGGGUCAUUUUGUUCCAAACUCACUUUCCGUUGCCUUCAUAUUGACAGAUCGUGCUUGUUCCCUAAAGCAGUGAUUUUUUUUUUUUUAUGAGGGGGAGGGGGUAAUUAGGUUUAUUUAUUUAUUUGAUUUUUCAGUGGAGGUACUGGGGAUUGAACCCAGUACCUCAGGCAUGCUAGGCAUUCACUCUGCCACUUGAGCUAUACCCUCUCGCCCUUAAAUAUUUGGGAUAUUAACUCCUUAUCAGAUAUAUGGUUUGUAGCUACUUUGAGAGAAGAUGGGAGACCCAGAGAUGGAUGCUUUAGUGAAUGUCUUCCACUUACAACUUUAUCAGAAUUAGCUUUACAUUGUGGAUUGGAAUCUGCUUUUUUGCAGCUCUAGGGGAAGAAAAAACACUUUCUUCUGAUAUUUCUGAGAUUCUAUUCCCAGUGGUUUUUUGAGGCUAAACAUUGGAAUGUCAUUAGUUAGCAGUGAGAUGGAGAGGGAGGAGUAUCUGAGAAGCUCAGACUUCAACUCUUGGUUCCAAAUUAUUUUGCAUGUUUUCUGGAUAUUUAUGCAACAGAUCAUUAAAGCAUGGAUUGCCAAGGGGAAGUUCAAACACUGUGUGGGCCAGUUACAUCUGCACAGUUACUUUAACCUUUUCUGAUUUGGUGCCUUUGGGGUGUAGAAUUUUAAGGGGAAAGGUUUAGUGGGGGUGUUUUUAAAUAUGUAAUUUACGUAUCUUUCCUUUUGUGGAAAUUUUACAGAAAUUGUUUUGAAACCUGAGAUACUUUUAAAUGUAAAAGAGCAAGAAACUUCUGUCCUUCAAAAGUUAACCAAUGGCAGAAUAGGUUUGUCUCUGUAAUCUUCUGAAUUUUGACCAGAAUUCUAUUCUUUGAAUUACUGAAACUUAGUUUCUGUUCUGGGUUCCUGGUUCCACUUUAUUGUUGUUAUCUUGGCGCCAACCUUUGUUUACCCACGUUGUGACAUUUUUACCCCAGAAUUAAUUACCCCAGAUGGUCUGCUGUACUAUGUUUUCCAAGCAAACAAAGUGGGCAGGAAAUAGGAGCUUCCUGAGCAAAUUGGCUUUCCGUUUUAAUAUGAGGCUUUGCCUUUUAGAAGCUUGUUUAUCUUAUGUCUACUUUUCUUAUUUAUAAUUGAUCAUAUAUAUAGGUUUGGAUCUAAUUAUAUUUUAUCUUUUUCCAUUUAAAUUUGGUCCUGAUAUUUUGCCUUUGGCUUCCCCGGGUCUCCGUUUAGAAUCUUACUGUUCUGUUUAAUUUGAACUGUUACAUCCUUUGUGUUGGCUAGCUCCUUGCUCACAAUAACUUCUCCGCACCUGGAACUUUGGCCUAGGAUUUCUUUUCACUUUUAGACCCUUCCUGUGGCAUGAGCAGAUGAGCUCUUAUCUCUUUCCUCUUUGGGUUUUGCACAGACGGGUCAUUCAGUGACCAGAUGUUUGCCUCUCUCCUCCCCCUACGUCACCUCAGCCCCGAGUGUGCUGUUCUUUGAAGGGUAUCACCUCUCCCGAUGCCUUUUCUCCUGAUACACUGACAAGAAUCCUGGAAAUGGCUGCCUUAAAUGCAGGGACCAGUAGAAUCUUGCCUCAACACAUAACCCAGAUCACCAGUAAGAACCCAGCUGUUUUCCAGCCCUAACACACUGCCUCUGCCUUCGGGUAGGGCGGAGGGAGCCAGUCCAGACCCCUGGAAUCUGCCACCCUUCCCCCUCUCCAGAUGCAGGUACUCUCUGUAUCAGGAAGAGAGCCUCCUUGAAAUGCGUCUUCAGUCUUAGCUUGUCCUCUUCCAUCUCGCCUCGCCCACCCAUUUCUCUAGCCUAUCACUUUCAUUCUUCGACAUCAAUAAACACCAGUGCCUGCCAUGGUGCUGAUUUACCAUCAAGUAAACAAUCAUAGUAGAGUGCUCAGUGCUGAGAUAGGGCACAAAGCAAAGAUGUCUAAGUCUGUACAAGGGUGCUCAGUGAGGCCUCCCCACAAACUGAUGUCCUCACAUAAGCCGAGCUUUGAAGGAUUGUCUGCAGUUCGCCAAUGUACAUUCUCCAUCCUGCCUCUGCAUUCGAGGACUUCUUGCAGGGGAAAUAGGCUUGCUGAGAUCCUCAGUAGCAAAACCUGGCUGAGUAGGGGAGCCUGGACUUCCACCCUGGACAGGCUGUAACAAGGCACCUCUCCUACCACCCCUGCCUGUCCCUACCUCCUGCCAGGGUGGUAUCAGAGCAGACCUAGUGGGCAACUGGGACUCACACCCCUACCUGGCAGUAACGAACCUCCCACACACAUACACCCAGUGUCGGUGAGGACUGCAUGGGGAUCCUGGACUUUGACCCCACGCACUGGUAAUAAGGUGCCUCUUCUCCCCUCCUGGGGUGUGUCAGAGGAGGCUGAGUGGGAAGCUAGAAUUUUCACUGUCAUCCAAGGGCCAUCACUGCACCCCAAGUAGACGCCACAUGGGGAGCAGUACUGAAACACAUCUCCCCCUCCCAGCCAGGGAGGCCUAGUGGGAAACCUGAAAUCCUACCUCUGGCCGGCAGUAGCAAAGUACCCUUGCCCCUGCCAAGGGCACCCAAGGAGGCUGAGUGGGGAACUGGACUGUCACUCCCUGCUAACAGCAGCAAGGAAACGCUUGCUUCCUCACAGCACAAUGUCAGAGAAGGCCAGGGGCUGGGGAGGGGAGUGAUUAGAUUGGUGAAAACGUUCUGGAAUUGAAUGGUAGUGAUGGUUGCACAACAUUGUGAAUGUACUAAACCCACUAAAUUAUGUACUUCUAAAUGGUGAGUUUUAUGGUAUGUGGAUUGUAUCUUUAAAAAAAUAAAAAGAGCCAUGGAGACUCACUCCUGGGCAGAAAUAGGACUGAGUCCUAAUAAGCAGAUUUCAACUUCUUCCCAGCUGGAUUUCAGAAUUGCUAUAAACCAGGGACUCCUGUGUGCCUCUCAUGUCCCUCCUUUUUAAACAGUGAUGGCUAUAAUGGUUAUCCUCUGACUGUCCCACCACUGUACUCUGGGUGCGCAGGAAAUGAUCACUUGUCUCUUGGGUUCACGGGAAUUCAGAUGGGAAGGAACUGUACUUGAGGAGCUGGACUUAAGGAAUUACAUCCAAAGAUCCUCACCUGUACCUGGACUUAAUUUAGACGGUGUGUUUGUUGGCUAGGGCUGCUGUAACGAAGGACCACAGACUGGGCAGUUUAAACAACAGAAAUUUAUUUUCUCACAGCUCUGGAGACUGGAAGUCCAAGAUUAAGGUGUACAGAGAUUUGGUUUCUUCUGAGAUCUUUCUGCUCAGUUUGUAGAUGGUCAGUCGCCUUCUCACUGAGUCCUCACAUGGUCUUUUCUUCUGUGCACACACAUUUAUUCCUAAUCUCUUUUUAUAAGGAAACCAGUCAGAUUCGAUUAGGCCCAUCCUAAUGGCCUCAUUUUAAUUUAAUCCCCUCUUUAAAGACCAGAUCUGCAAAUACAGUCACAGUCUGAGGUACUGGGGAUUAGGGCUUUAACCUAUGAAUUUGGGAGGGGGAACACAGUUCAUCCCAUAACAGAGGGCAAAUGUAUUGCAAAAUUUUGAAACUCCCCAUUUUCCUGAUGCCUCAGCCUCCCCAGACAGGCUGUGAGCACCCCGCCAGAUGACCAGGCGCACCAGUGUGAUAAGGCUGGUUCCUGCCGCAGGUUCCCCUCCUUGGCUUCAAAUGCACCAGUGAAACCCCCUCAUGCCUUUUGCUUGAGUUCUUCACCCUGACCCCACUAAAGAUGUGCCCACGGGUCCUCACUCUCUCUCAGCUCUCCAUGUGCUUGGCGGAGCCUACUCCCUGGGUGCUCCUCCCAUGUGGCCCCUGCAUGGCCUGCCAUGCCUCCUUCUUCUAGGACCUUUAAUUUCUUCUGCCUCUGAGUGUUGUUGCCACAGCCACUUUGGAAUAAUCCUUAAAGACCCCGCAGGGGGAACUUAAACUCCCCCACCUCUAGCACAGCAGAAUUCUCAACCCUCAGCUGAUUGAUGCUGAAAUGGGAUGAAACUUUGGAGGGCCCUUGGGAUAGUGAGCAUAUUUUGUAUGUGGGAGGAAUGUAAAUAAUUUGGUACCAGAAGGCAGACUGUGGUGGUUUUAAAACGUAUCCACAAAUUCUUGAUACUCUUCCCCUCAGUAGGUGAAAAUUAAUUCCCCUCCCCUUGAGUGUGGGGUGGACUGAGUGACUUGCUCCCAACAAAUAGAAAUAUGAUGGAAGGUUCAGUGUGUUUCUCCCAAGACUAGGUCAUAAAAGGCACUGGAACUUCCUCCUCAUUGCUCUCUUAGAUGACUCUCUCUGGGAACAGCUAGCCCUGAACAAUCAAGUAGCCCAUAAAGAGGCCCCUGUGGCAAGGAACUGAGGCUUCCAGCCAACAGCCCUGUGAGUGAACCAUAUUGGAGGUAGAUCCUCCAGCCCCAGUCAAGCCUCCAGAUGACCCAGCUGACAUCUUGACUAACCUCCCGAGAGAGGCAGAACAAGAACCAUUCAGCUAAGCUGCUCCCAGAUUCCUGAUCCCAGAAACCAUGCAAGCUAAUAAAUAUUUCUUAUUUUAAGCUGCUAAGUUUGUGGUAAUUUGUUAUCCAGCCAUAGAUAAUAUACUAGGUCUUUAUCAUAAGAGGAAAAUCAUAUAUAGACUUGAAGAGUAGCCCCUUUAUUUAUGUUACCUGCCUAGCCUCUGUAGGCAUUUGAGUUGAUGACUCCUACAAAAUUACAAAAUCUCUCUCUCUAAUUAGAUGAUGUCUAUCUCCAAGGCAGAGGUCAUGACAUCCCUGUGUUCUGUGCUCCUUCCCCAGGAUGACUGAUUCAAUAACUUCUCCAAUAAACCCUUGCUAGUUACCAUUGUGGAAUGUCUGUUCUACCUAAUUUUCAAGCCCACGGAUUAGGUUCUUUGUUCAGAAUACUUGCUUGGAGGUAGGUUAGAAAUUCCACAACUGUUGGUCAGGGCUUCGUGAGUUCUCAGUCACCUGAGCUGGACACUGAGGGUCGGGUUGCUGCUCAGGGCGCCCAGUACAGCCACACCCCCUUUUGUGCCCUCUUUGUUUAACCUGCUUCUUACUUUGGGGUCAUUUUGCUCUUGAACCCAAGUUCAUAAGUGAUACCUCCCUCCUGAAUACUCCCCCUACCUACUAAUAACAAAUGUUGGAAACGGGUAACAAAGUUUAAAGAGGCUUAGCUCGCCAGAGGUGUUCACCUGUGUACAAGUGUGCUGUGGGGAGAAGUUGGGCAGGUUUGAGGACCAAAGUAGUGCCAAAAGGCUCCCAGGCAGGAAGAACUGGGAAACCAGCUUGUUCUUUCUCCCUUCCUCUCCUUCAAGUUACCGUCUUGUCUCAACAACUGCCGGACAUGAUAAACAAAAGACAGACAAUUUAUUUCACAUCAUCUAAGCUGUAUGCAAGGCAGCAACAAGGAAAGGGUGUGCAAAACAGGCCUAAAAUCCUCCCUCUCUAAUUCCCUGCAGUGGUGAGGGCCAACCUACUCAAGGGUUAGGGGGCAGGAUGAGGAGAGAGAUUCAGAUGAAUGGACAGAACUUGGUGCCAGGAGUUCAGAAAACGUCACCGAGAUGCCUUCUUCACUCAGGAUCCAGGACUUCCGCCUGGUUGACAGUGGUGUUUGAGACAGUCUGCCCAUUCAGAGAGUCUCGUAUGGGCCUGCAGUUGCUGCUGGAGGACACGGUGCCAGAGGGAUGGCUCAGAAUCAGACUCCAGAACCUUUUAUGGUUGAAGUAGCAGAGGGCCGCUAGGAAAGGACAAGGGGAUGGGGGAGAGGAAAGUUGGAGAGUGGGAGGAAAGUGGCAACAAGGGUGAGGCCGAAGGGAAGAGAAGUCCCUAAGAACCUAUCCCUUGGGGAUUGACAGCCCCCUCCCUCCACGCUUCCUCUGCCCUGACCCACCCAGUUUCCCUGCUUCCCAGGGCACUCCAGCCCACUCACCACAGGUGACGUAUAGGAAAAA